GGCAGUGCAGUUUGGUGCAGCACUGUGGCACCCGUGCAGUUGGAGCGUUUCUGUUGGCGUGCAUUUUUCUCAGCCGCGACGGUUGUCGGUCGUGAAAUCUCGUAAACAAUCGUACAAACCUGAACGCGAUUUACCGCCGUUUUUCCACGAUCUUUCCCGACGCGAAAGGCCGCGCGGGUGUGUCGUUAGUGUUACACGUGUUCUUUACGUACGCGCAGUGUGUUUCGUGAAGAGAAGAGGCCAGGACACACACGUACGCGGAAUUCUGCGCUCGUGAAAGAGGAAAAGAGAGGAAAAACGACGACGAAGAGGAGGAAGAAGAAGUAGAAGAUGAGCAAGACGUGCGCCCGCUGCGAGAAAACGGUCUACCCGAUCGAGGAGCUCAAGUGCCUCGACAAGAUAUGGCACAAACAGUGCUUCAAGUGUCAGGGUUGCGGAAUGAUCCUGAACAUGCGAACAUACAAGGGGUUCAACAAACAGCCAUACUGUGAGGCACACAUACCAAAGGCGAAAGCGACGACGAUGGCGGAGACGCCGGAGCUGAAGCGUAUCGCCGAGAACACGAAGAUCCAGAGCAACGUGAAAUAUCACGCGGAGUUCGAGAAGGCGAAGGGUAAGUUCACCCAGGUGGCAGACGACCCGGAGACGCUCAGAAUCAAGCAAAACAGCAAGAUCAUCUCGAACGUCGCCUACCACGGCGAGCUCCAGAAGAAGGCGAUCAUGGAGCAGAAAAGGACGAUGACCGGCGAGAACGGCGAACAAAUUGAGUACGUAGAGUACACGGACGGUACGAUCGCGCCAGCAUCUGGUGUAAACGCGAAUCCACCGGCCGCGAGAAGCGCGUGCUCGCCGGUGCAAAGGACACCAGGUAGGAUCGCCGAUUACGAUCCCCUUAGCGAGGCGAGACCGAGCCCUUAUUCCGCCAGACAGGCGGCCACCACUGUGAUUUAUACUAGCGACAAGGGACCAGUGACGAAUCCACCUACCAGAAAAAUCGGCUCUGUGGCAGACAUAGACCCCGUGAACGACUACUAUGGAUCGUUGACGCCAGCCACGAACAACAAUCACGUCCCACAGCAUCAGCCGCCGCCCCCACCACCCACCAAUGUCGGGAGAGUGUACAGAGCGAUGUACGACUACGAGGCGCAGGACCUCGACGAGGUGAGCUUCUGCGACGGGGAUCUGAUCGUCAACUGCACGGCCAUCGACGCAGGCUGGAUGACCGGUCUGGUACAGCGCACAGGCCGACACGGCAUGUUGCCAGCGAACUACGUCGAACCGGCGCAAAUUUAAACCAUCCGAAACCCGUCGCGUCCUCAUAGUCUUCGUUGAUCCCCGCUGCGUCGAUCGGGUGGCCGUCCGGUCGAACGAACGAGGAAAAUGGCGCGGAACCAGCCGGCAACAAGAACGAACACUAACAGGAUUCGGGGCGCUCGAUCGUCGCCGAGGAUGCUCUGAAAAAGGAAGAGAUGUUCGAAUGUAGGAGCGAAAGAAAGACAGUGGCCGGGACCAGCGAACACGGAGAUUCUUUAUUAGCCUGGUAACGGUACUUCCGGUAGCGUCGUAUUCGAUAGAAAUCGUCGAUCUUCCUUUUUCGAAGGGCACGAGGAGCUCGACCGAGAUUCUGGACGCUUCGCGUCACGGAACAGCGACUCCAGUCGAAAAUCGUUCUUCGACGCUCCAUCCUCUCGGAGUGUCUGGCAUCGUGUUUUUGCAUUUAAGUCGUCAACUACGGCCGUAAUUCCAUCGCGUUUGGGACCAAAUUCCGUUCGAAGAUGAACGCGACACAGUGCCUUUCGCUAGCAAUAAUUUCUGUGAAAGAGUCGAUCGAAUCCGAGGCACCUGCAUACACAGGAUGUCACAGGUUUGAAUGGCCAAACUCUGACGGUAUAUUCUAUGGAUGUAAAUAACAGGAAAAUCUUAUAUAAACAUGGGAACAAGCUUUCUUAACCCUUUAUAUUAUUAGACAAUUUUUUAAAUUUAGUUAUCCCGACGUGCAUUUAUUUUUGUUUCAUUUUUAAAUGGUCAGACUUGGGAUACGAACGUAGGACCAUGAAGGAAAUAAAUUUUUCUUUUGGAAGAUUGCUUACAGACACCUAGAAGAUCCUCUAAAGAUAGAAGACUUAUGAAUUAAUAACCUCAAAUUAUGUAUCUGUGUUUUCAUAAUUAAAUUUAUAUUCGAUUCAGUGGUAAACGAGAAUCUCAUUAUUACCUUUGUUCUAAAUGAAUGAAUAAACAUUCUAGUAACCUCAGAUCAUGAUAACCAAAGAUAUUUUGAUGUUAUUCGUUCCUAUGUUUUGUUAGAAAACAAUAUUCCCUUAACGAGACGUUUGCAAGCAUGUUUCCAGAGGAAAAGUUUAUUUGUUUUAUGGUCCUCAAGCUUGAUCAUUUAAAUCAGAAAAACUCGAUACAACUUGCAUAAAAGACCAAUAAUUUAUAUAACACAAGAAAGUAUUACUACAAGUCUUACACUAUAUACAUAUAGGUGAAGGAAUUAAACAAUUAUGACAAAAAUAAAAAAUACAAAGUUUAGUUUAUUUAUGCGAGCUAUAUUUACUAUCUGAGCUUCCGGGAUUAAUUAAAAAAUCAAAAAUGUUUAUCGUACUUGGUAAUACUAGAUUAAUAGCCGUCGAAAAUCGUAUUUAUUACUAUACGGGAUAUCAUUUUUCUUUUGUUUUAUUUGAUUGAAAGCAUUACUCAGUUUUUGAAUCAAUUCAUUACGCGAAUUCUUGUUUCAUUCCUUUUUUUCAAGUUUCAUCACAGAUAAAAGAGUGACGCGAGAUUAAGCGAUCUUAGAGGUUAAUGUAUGGGCUCCGCCAUGACAGUGAUCUAAACACCGUGCAUACUCUUGAUUCGUAAUCAAUGUCCGCAUUUUGGCACGAAGCCUAACAACUUAUACUGAUGAAAGUUGCCUUCAAAAUGUUUGAUAACCUCAAAUAAUAAACACAGCUCUCGUAAACAGGCUAAUAUAAUUAUUGCCUAACUAUUCUUACGUUGUAUCGCAGUGGAUUGUUUUCAAUAUUGUGAAUUUAAUUAAUCUUUAAACAACGUAUGUUUUUAUAACAUGUUUACUUUAUUUGAUCCUGUACAAUAUACUGACAAAGUUUGGCUAUUAAAAUCCUGGGCAGCCUGUAUAUUAUAUACAGGGUGUUGCGCAUUUUUCCGUACACACUUCAACAGUGUGUUCUACAAGUAAAACUAAGACUGAAAUGUUAUACAACAAACAAUUCAGAAAUGAUUUGUUAAGAAAUUAUGACAAAAAUAUGAAAUGUCAUGUUUUUUUAUUAUUUAAACAAACAAAUUUACUAAAACUUUGAAUAAGGAGAGCAACUGCUAGUUGAGGCACGAAAAAAUAUUUUUAACGUAGAAUUAUGUGGAUAACUUAAACACUUUUUUAUCAGAGUUUAGUUUCUAUCAUCUAUCUUGUAUGCUGAAGUAUUCUUUCUUCGAUGAUAACUUUUUAUUGUCAUACAAUUUUUAGCUAUCGUUCAAGUUUAUGUUCAGUAAAUUACAAAGAAACUCACGAUAUCGAAUACUUGCAAAAGAUUGAUUUUAUUUUAUUAUAAAUUUGUUUUCUUAUUUUAAUGUCCUGAAUCAACAACCGAGUUUUACAAUUUAUAUUUUUGUUAUAAUUUUUUAACAAAGCAUUUAUAGAUUUUUUGUUAUAUAACAUUUUAGUCUUCGUUUUACUUGCAAAACACACUGCUGAAGCGUAUACGGAAAAAUGCGGAACACCCUCUAUAUACAGUUCAGUUCUGUUUUUAUUUCCUCUCGAAAUCAUUCCGCUGCUUCGAGGAUUCCAUUUUCCGUCUUAUUUAUCACAGUAAGGACCAGUUUUGACGAUAGUGCGACGACAAAGACAGAAAGGUCGAGCAUUUAUUGAUUAUCAAAUAUAUAUAUAUAUAUAUUUUUUUUUUACGUCGACACCGUUUCUUAGAUCUUUUCCUUUUUUAUUAUCCCGAAGGGACACGAUACGUUCAUCGGAAUACAGAAUUAUUGUUACAUUUGUAUGCACCGUUGUUGACGAUUUCUGUCCUCUCAGUCUUUGUCCACGUUCGCGCGUUGCUUUCGCAUUUGUUGCACACGGAACUGAUCGAAAGUUUCGGUGAAAAAUUGCUAUUUAUUGUACGACGAUAGUAUCUCGAAUAUUAUCGGGUUAGCGAAGAAACUUGGACUAGAAACAUCUACGGCGCCACACCGUUCAUUGUGAUUCAAAAGGAACAACGAUGUGCCUUAUAUACGUAGACCUUUAAUUAGGACAAUCUAACCGCGAGCUUGCGUCGCGAUUAAGACGGGGACCAGAUCGAUGAAAAAAAAAAAAUAAUUCACGAACUAACGUUAUCGUGUGUCGUUACGAUAGGACAGAAUUUUCAAUAAUUCUUUUUUAUAGAACUAUUUUUGAAAGUGAAUCUAGUUAAGAUAACGAAGAUUUGUAAUAAUGUUGUUGAACGCGAAUGUUUCGUUACGCUCGCCUGCUCGAUACGAUGCACGUAAGGAAAGUAACAAUCGUUAAAAACUUUAUUACCGCUCUUUAUCUAGUUAACAACAUUAACCAACAUUUACCUAAUAGCUGUUAAGUUUUAUCACGCGAGGUUCGCCCAUGUUAAAAUGCUUCUUCGGCUUUCUAUGAUCCUUUCAGUGCUGAACGACGCCGACCGUGCCUGAAAAUCUUCCGAGGGGCAUUGAUCGUGCAUUUUACGAAGUAUCAGAUAGUAUUUAAUAUGGUGAUUCGGGGAACGCGAGUCUUUCAAUCGUAUAUUGGGCCCAAAAAAUGUUUGGGAGCCCCUGCUACUAGUGCUGCCAGAAAAAAAAUGGCGGUAGAAGAAGAAGACGACUAGCAGUGGAAGACAACUAUUUUUUGGCUUAAUGUAUGUGCUGUAGGGAUCGACUGUUUUUAAUCCUUUGCACUUCAGGCAGUUUAAGACUAAAAUAUUCGAAUACUAUGAAUAAAAUCCAAGCACGAAGUUCACUUAAAAUUUGCAAAUUGCACUAUUUUUUAUAUUGUUUUUUAAUUUUAUAUUGUAAAAUAUAAAGGGGACACGAAUAAAAAUAUGAUAUAGCUUCAUACAGUUUUAAAUAUUCUAAAACAGAAUUUUACCAAGUAUUUUAUUAGUUUUAUACGUUUCUUAUACUUUACAAAGCUAAAUCACUUUCUAUUACAUCGUAAAAUAAUUACCUCUGCAAAGAACUUGAAUCGAACGUUUCUUGAACUCAGAUUACAUUACACUAUAUACGAGAAAGAAACAAAACGGUAUAGAGAAUUGUAUAAAAAUAAGGAAGUACUGUCGGAGUGCAAAGGGUUAAUUAGUAUGGUAUCUUGAGCUAUAAUACUCGAUAAUGAACUUGCUUAGACAGCAAAAGAAUUCGAUUUAAGAAAACGAACUUAGUAUAAGGAAUUUCAGAGUGGAAUUUACAAUUUAUAGAUAGACAAUCUUAAGAAACAAUAACAGAUUUUGCCUCUGUGGAUUAUUGUGGAAAAUGAACCAACUAUCAAAGAUGAAACUAUACAUUUAAUUUUGUAAUACUUUUACAAAAAUGUUCAGCCUGUAUACAUUGACGUAACUUUUAAAGUAUUGGGCACCUUACGAAAUGAAGAUCUAAUAAUCUUCAGCAGUGAAUUUUCAAGGCUGUCGAUUCUAUUUUUUAUCGAACAAUCGAAAAAGAUAACUAUUAAAAAUCUUUUUUUAAAUAUAGUCUGACUGUAUAAGUCUGACGAUUCUAAAGAACGAAAGAAAUAUAUUUGGUAUGGUACUAUUACCACACAUUCAAAUCACCUAACCGUAUUUACUAAUAAUUAUAUUUUCAAUUUCACUCAAUGCAAGCCAGCCGCAUUAUUGACUUGAACUUUUCGCUGUGCGAUUUACAGUUUAUUUUCUUCAUAAUUAUAAAUUUCCAGAGUUGGUAUCCCAACCAAAUUAGCGGAUACAAAAUUGUUUUUGAACCUUUAGAAACGUACCAUCACGAGGCUAGCGCAAAAAUGGGCAACAUUUUAAUUGUAGAAUAAAUAUUCUCAUCGUCAACAAAUAAAAAUUUGACCAUUUCAUCAAACAAUCGCGAAUAAAUUGCUAUACGUUGGUGUUAUUGGUUCCUAUUGUGCGAAUAAAAUGUUGUCCAUCUAUGGGCUAGCGAGGAAUAUCGACGACCUCGGGGUUAAAUCUCGUUCGAAAACGUAUUUUGAGUGGGUUAUAUCGUGAUUAUUUUGAACAAUGGACUUUGUUAAAUAAUAUGUGUAGUCGAACGGAACGCGUUUCUUAAAUUCUGCGCCGUUUUAUUUGUUUAAAUAUCGUGAUUCCCAUUUCUGCUUGCAUACGUGUUGAUCUAGGUCAGGCUGGCACCGAAUUCCUUUGGCAUACAAACAAUUAAACCGUGGACGUUUACGUGUUUUUAUUCGUUGAUUUUUCACGAAAACUCGCUUCGAACACCAGUUUCCACCGGUAUUGUGUCGUUAGCCCCGAGAGAGAAAAACGUAUUAUUAAUCGAAUAAACAGUCGAAUUCGACAGCGCCUUCGAGUCUUCGUCCGUCGAUCCUCGCAGAUUUUUAGGAGAUUCGUGAACGUACGCGCUCCGAAGAGCUCGAGUCCAGCUCGCUUUUCGUAUACGAGAAACUAAUUGGACUUUUUGACAGAAAAUCUCGUCGUUGCCACGACUGGAGAUUUUUCUACAACAAUCUGCCUGACGGUACAGCAGGUCACGUAUUACGUUUACGCGCUCGUCAGUUGUUUACCUCGCGCUCCAAAUCUAGUGUGUUUGAAAGGGGAAACUGUCGCUUAGCGCAGUAAUUUCUGGACUGUACUAAUUUGCUUUUGAUAAAUGCAAUCGGGCAGAUCAGGUUUUCCUUGAAUCUACGGGAUUGUCUCAGCAAUGCCACGAAUGGGGCACCAAAUGGAGAUUGUAAGGCUCCAAGACAGUAUGUCCAGUAAUGGGAGGAAAGUCUCAAGCAACUCCAACCAUCCUACGGUUACUACACAGUGAUAACACAGUGGUCCAACUGGCUCCAAGGCAGUAUGUACAGUAAUGAAUGAGAAAAGCCUCAAGCAACUCCAAACAUCCUAGAGGUGGAAGGAAGGCUCCUCGAAUCCUCAACUCCACCACUCGGUGCACUCUCGACUGACGCAACCGACAGAGUCCCAAGCUGGGUAGCUUUCGAAGGGACUCUAGACGAUCAACACCGAGCCUCUUGUGUCGCGGACGUGGCAACGACUGCAACGUUCCAUCACAAUCCUGCGUUCGCGGCGUGCUCUGUGACCUGCUGUACCGUCAGGCAGAUUGUUGCAGAAAAAUCUCCAGUCGUGGCAACGACGAAAUUUUCCGUCAAAAAGUCCAAUUGGUUUCUUGUGUACGAAAAGCGAGCUGGGCUCGAGCUCUUCGGAGCGCGUACGUUCACGAAUCUCCUAAAAAUCUGCGAGAAUCGACUGUUUAUUCGAUUAAUAAUACGUUUUCCUCUCUCAGUGCUGACGACACAAUACCGGUGGAAACUGCUGUUCGAAGCGAGCCUUCGUAAAAACACGUAAACGACCGCGGUUUGACUUUGACUGGCAUAUCACCUAUACACGGCUGACAGGAUCUUCCAUUGUGAAUUUUUGCAGAAAAUUGCACGAUUCUCGUCUGGCAGCGAACGUGUUAAUUGUCCGUACGAAGGAAUUCGGCAUCAACCUGACCUUCCGGAGUAUCACGUAUGCAAAUAGAAAUGGGAAUCACGGUCCGUGUUUCUUCCUCUCGCGAUAUUUAAACAUUAUUCGUACAGGAAACACAUGCACACACAGUACUGAAAGGAUUUGAUCGCUUCCUCGGAUAUGUUCUCGAACAAUCGCGGGAUUAUCGGCAAUAUGAGAUUGUUCUCCGCGAUGGUCUCGAUUUUCAUAGAUAGCUUUAUGCCUGAUGUCCAAUUAAUGUACAGAUAAUAUAGUGAUCGAGGAAACUCGUCGACGAUAAUGAGAAUAUCGUGUUACCAUUGCGGAGUAUCUGCGCCCUCUCGUUGUCCUCUGUUUUCUUUUGUCUCACGUUUCGAAAUUACCUGUCCGUUUUGAAAUUUUGGUUCCUCGGGGAACGUAUUUGCAUUGCAUUUACCUGAAUAGGAGAUUAGGAGAACGCUAUGCGAAGGAACUAAACGGCAAUGUUGUUACGUGCGCGUGGAACGUCGUUCGACUUCGUGAUACCGCGAGGAGAUAUAUUCAUAUUUUUGGAAACAUGUUAGCAAUUUCUUUUUUUUUUCUUUUUUGUAAUUAUUAGAACACCGAUAAGACGAUCUACGAUUAUAAUUGAGAAACAUACAGAAAUAUAUAUAUUAGUGUUGUUUAAAGCAGAUAAUAUUAUAUUAUGAUACGAAAUCAUAAACAAUGAAUAUGUUAUGUAAUCAUCGCCAGAUUAUUGCUUAUCUUCCUGUCUCUCCAUUGUCCUUAUAUUUUCCAGCUGUUCAACUUAACAACAGUGUGGAAAUUCACUAGUAAAAGAAACUAAUUGCGUCACUAUAAUACCAGUAUUUUAUUAUUAUACAAUGUGAUCUAAGAUUACAAGGCAGACGAAUUUUAGAGUAUAUAGUACUCAUAAAAAUAGAUUAAAAGUGUCCUAUUAUGCAAUUUGCACCCUUUCUCUAUAGGUCAUCGAGUAUUUUGUAUUAUGACAGAGAACUCUAAAAUAUUUACUAACCGCCAGUGGAAGAUACUUAGUAUUUGUAAACUUGUAAAUAAUAAUUCGUUUAGUAUGUUGUAAAAUAACAUACAAUUCGAUUUUUGAAUAUUUCUAUUUUUCACAUAAUUUUAACUGGCGUGAUAGUCAACGUAUUAACGAGCGAAUACACUACACUUUGUUUUCCUUCAACCGUAUCGAGUCGAAGAUUAUUAUUUAUAUUUGUACAAGAUUUCGAGAUUCAUUAGUACAAAUAUAUUUAUUAAAAAAAAAAAAAGACAGCUGCUCAUUCAGCGCCAGCGAUAAAUGAAUCGAAAGGAAGUUGCAACGAAAUAAAAAGUAUGUUUUUAGCGCAACGGAAACUGCAGCCGCUGUUAAAUGAAACGAAUCGACGUUCAGGUAUAAAAAAUGCACAUUUAUUGAGAGCGAUAUAAGUACAGUAGAAGGGUUACUCGUAUAAAACUGAAUUUGCGGCAAUUUAGCGCGCGUAUUAAAUUCUCGGCUGGAUUCGUAUUCGAAACAGACUUGGGCAAGAUCUUUAAUGAAAUGCACGAACGAAUGUUUUAUACGAACGCGAGACGUGAAAGUUGAGCGUAGGAGAAAACUCGUUGAUAUGUACGAAAAUUAUUUGUAACGAAAUCUUGCACGCUAAUAAUGCCCAACUCUGGUUUUCACCAGUAACGCAUGGAAAAUUGAAAAAAUUCAGCUAUUUAACAAUGCAGAAAACACGAAGUGUCGGUUUCAAUCUUAUCGUAUCAAUUUCCUAUAAAUUGUCGCGAUCGUUUUUCUUUACUUUACUCGCGUACCAUUCGCCUCACCCUUUCAACUGCCUAACCAUUUUCGUUGCAAGAUGAACAUCGUUUUCAUACUAUCAACAAUUGCUAAAAGAUCGGCAAUUCAUCUAAAAGUUCAAAUUUGUCUACCUAUAUAUGCUGAGAAACCGAAAUUACAAUCGAAUUUGCAACCAAAACAGAAAUCGCACUUAACGCGUUGACUGAUUAAUUGUAC